AUGAAUCGCUCGGCAGGCUCAGUCGCCCUGCCCCGUGUGGAUCCUCCCCACCCCGCAGCAUCGUCGCCAUCGGCGGUGGCAGCGGCCUCCCAUCCGAUUGCCAUCGACCUCGUCGGCUUUCAACGCGCCAAGCCGAGCCAUACUUCGCACACCGGAUUGCCAACCCCAUCUUCAUUACCUGCUCAGCCAGUCCGCUCGCACCAGUGUGCUGUUCAGCCGCCACAGCUUCCCCCAUAUCGUCCCUCGGACUCGGGCGGGUCGGUCCAGCCUCAGGUUAUCGCGGUGGAUGCCCGAUCACGCUCUCGCUCGCGCUCUCGCCCUCGCGCCGCCGUCACCGCCGCCGCCACUGCCACCACUGCCACCACUGCCGACGACAAUGUGACUCGGCGCAACGGUGCAGCCGCACGGCCCGCCGCGCCGACGACCCCACCGAGUUCUUCGGAUGAAUCGACGAUCGACGACGAUCUGGCCAGCUUACCAGGUGCCUUGUUCGUGAUGGAAGAUCUUGAACUAGCCUCGACGUCAUCGUCGUCAUCGUCUUCAAUGCCGCACCCACUCGACCGAGCUCAGCCGUCGCCUGCAGCUCCUCCGAGUUCAGGCAGUCCAGGAGCUCGAGCCGCCCCGGUGACGAUGGCGCCUCGCACGUUUGGUUGGGCCCCUAAUGGUCCUGCUGCGACAUAUGAACGACUCACGGGUCCAGAUCGCUCGUCGGGGUCAGUUCUCUGAAACGUGGUCUCCGUGGGAAGGGAGUGGCGCCUCGCUUGCUUCCCACGGCUCGUCCCCGCGUGAAAACUGACCCAGGCUUAUAACUCGGACACAGCUCGACGACACGAGUCUCGGCCGAUGCAACCUCGCCCCCAGCCACGUCGUCGUCCACGUUGUCGUCAUCUUACCCUUACCCAAGUCCUCGAUCGGCUCCGACACCAUCGGCCUUUUCGUCCAACAUCGUUAUCCGACGCACCCAUCGAGCUCGCUACAGCCAACACGUCGAGCCGGCCCCUGCCUCGAUGCAAGUCCAAGUCACUCCUAGCCGAGGCAGGCACCCUGCGGCGAUCCCCUUGGCCACCUCGGAUGUCGCAUCCCGGCCGGCUACACCCUCGAUCUCGGUUAAACGUGCCUAUGACGAGGUGUCCCCGACGACGGGCUCGACACCUCCUGCGAUGCCCGUGGAUGCCGAGAUGCACGACGCCGACGACGACAGUGCCGCGCCCGGACGCUCGCCGUCCCCCUUUUCCGGCUCGGACGACUCGGCCAACAUGGCUCCGCUGCCUGCCUGGCACACGUGCGAAAGUCAGCGCGCCAGCGUUAGUGGGCGCUCGUCGACGUUCAGCCUCGACUCGAGUCGGACUGGUCGCAACAGUCCAGCGACGCUCAGGAGGCGAUCACCAAUUUCGGCCUCGAUCAGUUCGGUACGCCCGGCGUCGACGGUCACAUCGGGUCAUGCUUACCUGGAUCCGUACGAUGAGGUGGGAUUGGAUCGAUUGGGAAUCUCGCGGGAUCGAUCGAAGCGCCGUCGUUCGGCGACAAUCCCCCACUCGGAAGGGUCCGAGCGCUCGAGUCCUUCGACCUCCACGGCUCCGGCCACCUCAGGGACAGCAGGUACGACAUUCGCCCCCGCCUUGGGCCGUUAUGUGCCACGGCCGAUCCCCAUCGACCCCGUUCUAGUCGCCGAGCCGUGGCCCGCACCACCCAGCUUGAACGUGCGCGGAGCUGCGGCUGCAUCGCCAGCCUCCUCAACUUUGGCAUCGUCGUCCAGCCAGACGAUGUCGUUCCGAGAAGAGCUCGAGUCGCAAUUCUCGAACUUACGGCCCUCGGUGACGCUGAGCAUGCCCAGCAGUACCAUCCCUACAAUCGCAGCAAGAACUCCUGCGACAGACGCAAGUUCUUCGGAGCCAUCGUCACGACGCUCGGUCGGUGGCUUCACUCGAUUCUGGCAAGCCGGCAACCCUACUGGUCCCAUCUCGUCGAAUGCGUCGGCGAUGGCAACGAGUUCGGCGGUCACCAUACCCGUGACGGCUGGAGCUCGCGACUGGUCAACGACGCCACCGAUGUUGUCUCUGCGCACACGAGCUGCAAGGUCAUCGACCUUUCCUCAGACUUUGCCUUCGUCCACCGCGCCGAGCCAGGUCAUGGAUUAUCGAUGGAUGGUCGACGGCUUGUCUUCUACGCGUGCCCACGUCGCAGACUCGCCGGACUCGACGACGACCAAUGCUCGAGAGGUGCUGCAACGAGCGACGGAGCGCCUCGAACGAGCCGAAGCGACCAUGUCCCGCGUGUUGGGUGCGACGACGCCAUCGACCCUCGAAGAACGAAUCCUCGCACGUCGGCAGUCGCGCCUCAACUUCCACCUCAGCCCUCCGGCUGGCACCGAAUCGUCGGGGGAGGACACCGAGAUGAAUCUCAAUCAAACGACGAGGGCGGCAUCGGAAGGGAUCUGGGCAUCGAGUCCGUCUGAUGGGGAAGGUAGCUCGUCCGGUGGAGGUAGUACGACGGCACCCGCAUCGGCGAACCCGCCGACGACCACGACCUCGAGGACGCGAUACUUUUUGACGAAUCUUCGAGCGAGACGACCAAGAUUGGCGCGCAACUCGACAGGUGUGCCUUCGCCCGAGGUCAUGUCGAGCGAAAGGGAAAGGAGUGGGUGGCUCGACGAUUUACACGACGAGGGAGCCGUGUCGACGUCCCAAGUAUCGGUCGUCGCGCCUGCCCUGUGGGGUGAGGAGCAGUCGCAAUCACCACAGCGUCUUGAUGUUGCCCAUGCUGGUGCGAUUGAUUCCGCUCCAUCAUCAAUGGCGCCGAGGCGGAUGCGAGGCCCGACCGAACGAGCGAACGAGCGCUGGCGACUAGGUCAAGCCCCCGUCACGGCCCAAACGACGACGACGAACGUGACCGCUAGUGCCACCGGGUUAAACACUCCUUCCCUUGUCAGGGAAUCGUCGUACCGACUGGGCCCCCGUUCCUCCACGACGCAUACUCUGGGUCAACGGGCCGCCGUCGCUACCGAGGGGCCGACGAGAACCUUGCCAUGGCGUAGCAUGGAUUUCCGUUCCACUACGACCGCGCCUCGCACGACGGAGAAUGGGACCAGUGGGGGUGAUCUUGCGAGCGAGAUCCGUCGACGCUACAACACCCUUCGAGAAGCCGACUCGACGAUCCCAACUCCUGUUCGACGGCCAGUCGACCCCGAAGUCACGCCUUGGGAGGACGCGAGAUCGAGCGAUCUUUCUGAGGAUUCUACCGUCAGUGGCGGAUCGACCUUGCCUCGACCCGAGCGAGUGGCCCCCUUCGCAUUGACGCCUCGCUUGGCGCCGCCGCGAUAUCGACCUGCGCGAGGUCUCGACCUGUCAUCGAUGACCCCAUCGCUCGACUCGGGCAACGAUUCGAGGGAAGUUGAAGCGCUCGAAGCUCGUGCGGCUGCAGCUCUGCGACCCUCUGCGCUGCCUCCGAUGUUAUCCAGCGGAAGUAGGGGUCGACGACCGACCCAUGGCUCGAACGAAACACGCCCUGAUGAUUUGCCUCGCUUCGAUCCGUUUGGCUCGGACGCGGUCGAUAUUGCGACCGGUUCUCGCUCGAAUCGACCCGCGCUUUUGGCUGCGAUGCGAGCGUCGAGCCAACUUGCACAGGGGACGAUUGCGCAUCGCUCGAGGACGAGUCUAGCCGAAGCGUUGACGCGCUACGAUGCGGCUCGACUUGCUGACGAGAGGGAGCAGGAUGAUCUGCGGCAACGACGAGCCGAAGAGGGCGCAAUCGAUGAUACCGCGCGGCGCUACGUCAUCGAGGAGACUGAAUGGGAACGCGAAGACGACGACGAUGACGACCCAGGUAGCGAUGUCGAUAUGGAGCUUUGGCGUCCUGAUGUGCGAAGGACGUUCGGUGAGGAGGUUGCGGCGGGUCGAAGUCGUUGGGUUCGUGCUGAGAUGGAGGCCAGUGCCGAGAGUGAGCAACGGGCGCGCCAGGCGCAGGAGAGGAUGCGGUCAAGGUCCGAGGCGUUGGCCGCGUUAAGGAGAGACCGCGGGCAGAUGCGCCAUUUGAUGGGGAACUUGACCGCUCCUCUAACGAGUGGGCUCUCGGGUCCUAGCAUCACCAGAACGACCACGACCACAACCACGACUUCGGCUUCACCCCCGACUUCGACGACGACCGUCAACACCGCCAGCGUUGGUGCUGCUCGUGACGCCGGAGAUCAAGCGACACCUCGAUCUCCUGGCACGCGCCGACGUGGCCUGAGUGACUUUUUCAGAGGUGUCGGCGCGACGGCCCAUUUUGGUACGAGCCUGUUCGAUGAUGACUCGCUACUCGCCUUCUUUGGCCGCGACUCGGUCGCUCUCGAUCCACGAAACUACUUGGUCAGUCAGCUUCGAACUAUCUUGGCACUUGGGCUCUCGGUCAACUCAUCUGGAUUCUUGAUACUGAGCUACAGGCGGACGACCUCUUUGACUCGUCGUAUGAUGCCUUGCUCCGCCUUUCUGAACAACUCGGCGACGUGGUCAAGCCCAAGGGUGUCCCGGAAGACAAGCUCGCCGCGUUGAGGACGUUCAAGUACAAGGCCUGGCCGAUACCGGAGCGUAGGGACGCUUCGAACUCACCUUCGAUGACCACGACUAUAUCCACUGUCCCUGUUGCCUCGACAAGUACUUCACGUCCGUUUGGAUCGACAAUGGUCGAUCCAGUGAUCGUCCCUGCGUUGGCGCGCAAAGGUCUAGAGAAGGAGGAGCGCUGCUCGGUCUGCUUGAUGGUCAGUAGUUUUUGAUUUUCUUAUUUGGAGCAUUGGGCUGCGUACUGAAGAACUUUAGUUAUAUCUGACGUCAGGAUUACGAUGACGACGAUGAGUGCAUGCUCGGCAUGUGCGCGCAUGGGUUCCAUCGCGAGUGCUUGCUGGUCAGUGUUCCCUCCAGCUUCGUUUUUAACUACUGCGGAGGCUGACACUCAUCAUCUGUUACACCUCUGCCCUUGUAGGCCUGGCUCAAAGAGCACGGUACAUGCCCGUAA